CGUCGUAAACAAGCGCGCACGUGCGUAACGGGCUAGUUUUGGGGUAAGGACGGGGUGCGUGUUUGGCUUCACGUUCAAAGUUGGUUGUGCAGUUUUGUCGAUCGGGAGAGUGAGAGUGAUAGAGUGAGAGUGAGUGAGUGAGAGAGAGAGAGAGAGAGAGAGAGAGAGAGCGUCCUUCAGGUCCCAAGCACGCGUAGCCCAGUGAGAUCAUUGGCGAUAUAAAUAUCUUCCUGCCCGCGGAUCUACAGUGCUCCAACUCCUGGCUAACAGCCACCUGAACUCUGUGGCAAAAAGACAGACAAAAUGCAGGACAUGACUUAACCGGUGCAGAGAGGGAGAAAGAAAAGAAGAGAGAGAGAGAGAGAGAGUUGUUUGGGGAAGAAUGAAUGUUGCGCUCUUGCUCGCGCUUGUAGCUCAGCUGAUUGGCACCGCGGCUGGUUGGUUGGAGGAUCACCUGGUGGCCUCGGGGCGCCGCACUGGCACUCUGUACUGCAGGGUGGGCAUCGGCUUCCACCUCCAGAUCCACCCCAACGGCAGAGUGAACGGCAGUCACGAGCCCAGUCACCUCUGUCUGCUGGAACUGUUUUCCAUAUCACAAGGAGUUAUAGGAAUCCGAGGAGUUUUCAGCAACCGAUUUCUAGCCAUGAAUAAGAGAGGAUGGCUUCAUGCUACUGAGACGUUCACUGAUGACUGCAAGUUCAGAGAGCGGUUUCAAGAGAACAGCUACAAUACAUACGCAUCAGUGAUACACAAGAAUCACCGGACUGGGAGAGAGUGGUUUGUGGCACUCAACAAAAGAGGAAAGGCCAAAAUGGGCUCCAGUCCAAGAGUGAAGUCUCAGCAUGUGUCUACACACUUUCUACCCAGGAUGAACCUGUACACGAAACUGGAACAGGGCUUUACGAUAACAGACAAAGAGCAGGACAGGACUCAGGCUCUACCAAAACCUCGGGCCCCUAAAGUCACCAUUAACACCGGGCAGAAACAAACUCGGACUGUCAAGUACUGGCCAAAAUUUAGGUUUGGGUAGACCAGCAUUGUCUUAAACUUGGAGAAAACUUGAAAACAAGACAGCAGUUGUUUAUGAAGCAGUUUUCUCAUCCGACUGUCAGCAUUCCAUUCAACAAGUGACUCAGCCAAAAAGGGCUGUGAAGUCCACGUUUAAAUGUUUAUGAGGCUGAACUUGAACUUAUUGACAUGGAGGUAUCACAACGCUAAUACCUCUGCAAGAGCAUUUAUAUAAGUUCCUUAAUAGUUUUUGUGAAUCUAUUUAUACACUGUAUUUAUGCUAAUGUAUAUGUACAAUUUUCUAUAUGUGCAAAUGUCUAUUAAUUGAAAGUGUAUGAUGAGAACUUAGGGAUAGUUGAAAUAUAGUUUUACAAAGCAAACAAUACUAUUCAGAAUGUGCCUUAUUCAGGACAGUGAGGAUAAUCAAAUACAGUUUUGUGGCCAAAAAAAAAACCUGGCACCCUUGCACUUUUUGCAAAUAAUUCAUAUUAUGUUUUAUUUUAUAUUUUAUAUCGAUUAGUCAACGUCCUCUAUUCUUUUUUUCCACUGUUAAUAUUAAAAAACAAUUGCUUUAUGUAAUGUUUUUUAAAUGUAAAUUAAAAACAGGCACUAGCAAAAUGAUUGAAAGAUACUUUGCCUCAAACUGCAUUUUCAGUCAUCUACAUAGGUUUUCUUCUAGAUAACCUUUUACAUUUAUUGCUUCCCACUUAAGAACAGUCCUGAAUUUUGUCUUCAAUCAUUCUGUGGUGUUUGAGAUCACUGUAGUACUAGAAGACCUAUGAGACAUUAGUUUUAACAAUGUAGCCCUGAUUUAAUGAGUUUAAGGUAAGACGUAGCACUGGAACCCUAAAACAUUGCUGAUCUGUUUGAAUAUACAGGAAUGAAUGAAUACUGAAUACUGAAUAUUUUGUGUUUUGUGGUUGAAUACUCAACAGUCCAGAGUUACAAUUUGGUCUUAUAUAUACACAGGGCAUGGUACCAGAAUCAUUUGGAUAUGUUCAAGUAUGUUAUGGAAAAUUGCAGUCUUACGGUUGUCAUAUAUCCCAGGGAAAGUGUCAGUACAACAUGCAUGUACUAAGUAAAGUUUGUAGUAAAAACUAAAAUAUAUUUCUUCAGCUGUGUCACAAAAACUCACAUAAACACUUUCAAACACCUUGACCCUCCCUCAAGCUUGACUCCCUCAUUAUAUGCAUUUAUUAUGAAGAGAAAACAUAAGACAAAAAAACUCGGUGAAGUAGCUAGCCAGCUCAGUCUUUAUCUAUAUCAAAAUCCGCAUCCUAUUCAGUAUAUAGUGCAGUAUUUUAUUUUAUUUUUAACAUUUUCAUGUCUGAAAGUGCAGCGAAUAUCCAGUGGUAGGUUAGGGUCCAAAUUAUGCACUCUGUGGGGUUGCAGGUCACCCAGUGUGCACAUGGCAUUUUGUAGGGAAUAGGGAGUACAGAGCCAUUUUGUGUUGUGUUGUGUUAUGUUAUGUUAUGUAGAAUGCAGUUUAUAGUUAUACAGUUAUAAACUUCUACUAAAAUGGCAAUAAUAUUGUCCUGGACCAUUUAGGAUUUCUUGUGGAAUAACCAAUAAUUUAGCAAAUUAUUCAGCCUUUUCAUAUUGUUCUACUGCAAAAUAUACAGCAUGUGUAUAUUUAUUCCAUGAUAUCAUCAAAUAGCUGCUGAGUUUUCUCUUCCAAAAAUUAUGAAUGAAUGAUUGAGAAUGAAUAAAUUAAUUCCAAACAAUUCAUCCAGUCAUUCAUUCAUUCAUUCACUGAACACUAGGUGUGAGGCAGGAAUACACAUUUUACAUACAUAUUAAAAUUAUGUAGAAUAUGUAAAAGUAUAAAAUGUCAGACAUUAGCCUUUUUUUUUUUUUUUUU